AUGGACGACAACCUUGCCCACGAUGCCAAGGCCAAGGAGAUGGUGAGGCUGUGGCGAGCCUGGAGGACGGUGCACGAGAUGGUGGCCGACCGGGAAUACGAGCUUGCCGAGGAGGAAGUCAACAUUUCUCUCGACCGCUUCCGCGACGAAUACUGCACCUCCGACGGCUCCGUCAUCCGCGGCAAGUUGCAAUUCUCAGCCCGCCCCAGCGACGCCAUGGUGCGCAAAAACACCCCCCCCGCCACCGACGCAAACCCGGACCCCUCGACCGACUGCGGCCCCAUCUGGGUCGAGUUCCUCACCGACAAGCAGUUUGGCGUCGGCCAGAUCCGCCAGUUUGCAAAGUACACAAUCUCAAACAACUACAAGACGGGCAUCAUGGUCACCCACGUGCCGCUGUCCCCCGCCGCCCGCAAGUCCCUCGCCAGCGUCGAGAACCUGGCCAAGAUUGAGUGCUUCCUCGAGGACGACUUGCUCGUCAACAUCACCCACCACGAGCUCGUGCCCCGCCACGUCCUGCUCUCGCGCGACGAGAAGUCGGCCCUGCUCAAGCGCUAUCGCCUCAAGGAGACCCAGCUGCCCCGUAUCCUGCAAAAGGACCCCGUCGCCAGGUAUCUCGGCCUCAAGCGCGGCCAGGUCGUCAAGAUUAUCCGCGUCAGCGAGACGGCCGGUCGCUACGCCAGCUACCGUCUGUGCGUCUAG